CCAUCUUGAACUUGAUUCAAUAUCCCACACAAUAUUGCCGUGGUUUAUGUUUCGCUGGCUUGUAAAAAUGGCGCAAACUACGACUAAACGCGUCAAAGCUGAUGGCGUCGUCAUUGGCACCCACAAUGGCCACUUCCACGCCGACGAAGCCCUGGCAGUUUACAUGCUGAAAUUGCUCCCACAAUAUUCCUCCGCCUCAGUGGUUCGCACUCGCGACCAGACUGUUCUUGACGCUUGCCACACCGUGGUCGAUGUUGGUGGCGAAUACGACGAGUCUAAGAACCGCUUCGACCAUCAUCAGCGAACCUUCAACACUUCCUUCCCUGACCACAACACCAAAUUAUCCUCCGCUGGAUUGGUCUACAUGCAUUUUGGCAAGGCCAUCAUUGCACAGCAUGUGUCCCUCCCUCUCGAUCACCCUGACGUUACUCUCCUCUACAACAAGCUCUAUGACGAUUUCGUCGAGGCCGUCGACGCCAACGACAACGGAGUUUCAAAAUAUGAUGAUUCUGCCUUGACCGCUGCCGGUAUACAAAAACGCUUCAAAGAUGGGGGAAUCACACUUGCUAGCUUGGUCGGUGACCUCAAUCACGAUGACCCUCUUGCUCUCGGCGCCGCAUCGAGAAACACCGCAGAACAACCCCAGGCCGAGGAGGAUUAUCGAUUCACCCAAGCGUCAAACCUCAUGGGCCACUCCUUCCUCCGCAAACUCCACGGGGCUGCGACUGCCUGGCUGCCUGCGCGAAGCAUUGUCAAAGCCGCCUUUGACGCAAGAGCCAGCAAUCACCCAUCUGGACAACUGCUCACGCUGCCUCGUGCCGGGGUUCCAUGGAAGGAACAUCUCUACAACAUCGAAGAGGAAGCCGGUCUUGCCGAGGGUCAAAAAGUCUUGUAUGUCAUCUACCCUGAAAAAGAAGAGCCUGGAUCCAAGUGGCGCAUUCAAGCUGUUAGCAAGUCUUUGUCGGCCUUUGAGAACCGAAAGAGUCUUCCUGAGCCAUGGCGUGGUGUGAGAGACGCCGAGCUGGAUGCCCUCCUCGGGGAUGCCGUUGAGGACGGCGCUGUCUUUGUCCAUGCCAGUGGGUUUAUUGGAGGACACAAGACAGAAGCUGGAGUCCGUGCCAUGGCCGCUCUGGCUCUGGCUACUUGAGCGCUCUGCCAGGACACCCACUUCUGUUCUGAAGUCUGCUUCCAGAAGUGAAGCUUCUAGUGCUGCCUUCGGAACGCGAAGGAUCUCUUCAAAACGAAGAGAGCUUGGCGUGACACCGAGAUUUAAUCCUGGAAUAGGAGUUCCAGAGCAAAAGCUACGGUCCCCAAUUAUGGGCCUCCCAGGACAUACACUGCAGUCAUUGCAAUGCAGGAUGCAGCGGUUCUGAGUUCAUUCUGUGAACUUUAGAGCAUGACCGGCUUUGAGAGGUGUUUUCUAUCUAGCCAUCGAAGAACACCCGCUUAGCCACGACUAUGCUCGUUGCGACACGGGCUAGUCCAUCAGGUACUGCGCCUCUUUUAUCAAACCAGGGGGAUCAACCUGCCACACUUCCCUCCGAGCGAGACAUGUCCAUCUACGACAAGGACAUGUGCAAAGAAUGGACAACACUGUAUCGACGGUGGACAGAAUGACAAGUAGCUUUGUGAACCGAAGAUAGAGGAGGGUACUGCAGUGUAGGCUGUCGAACAACAGGGGUUUUCAAGGCUACGGAUACAAAUUCCGUUGAUGAUGAUGCCUCUCUUUUGUCGAUGAAGAAAUCAAUCGAGUGUCAUCACAAACCUGUGACGUCACAUUAUGACCACACGAGCAUUUCGGUGUCUCACUACAAUCAUAUGAAUCUCUCUCCUCUCGACAUUCUAACUACAAUACAUUCUUUUUGUCGAGCAAUGCG